CAUAUACUGAAAUAAGUCUUUCUCAAAUGUUGAGUGCAAAAAGGUGAACUCGACUCAGUAGAAAAAUGCAGACGGCCGUGGAUUUUCAAUAUGAAAAUUGUAAAAGUGGGAAAAUAGGACACUCACGCUUGAAACUGUUAUGUAAAAUUGCAAUCGUGGUAGUGAUUAUAUUGUCUUUUAUGUCACUGGUGUCUUCAUCACCAAGAAGAUCUGUAAGCAGAAGAUAUGGUGGGCUAUCCCGACGAACAUCACCAAGAUCUGUCUAUAGAGGAGGGUAUCGAUAUAAAUCUACCGUGACUUCUUCAACGGUCAGACAAACAUUAGUCGGACCCAAUGUCUGUGGAACGAAAUGUUGUGAAGGUUGGACUUCAGGAAAUACUGCAAUGUGUAUAACACCUGUCUGCGAUAAGCCCUGCAAGAAUGGCGGUUACUGCAUCAGAGUCAAUGUUUGCUUGUGUCCGUCAUCAUUUAUCGGCUCGGAUUGUUCGGAAAAGAAGUCGAUGUCCAACACCAACAUGAGCAAACGAAAGCGAGGGCCACGACAAACUCUAGUUCAUGUUAGAUACCCGGGAGGAGAUUCGUCUGCAUUAGAUACGACGUCGUCUUGUUCCCCUUCAACAUGUUUUAAUGGCGGAACGUGUAUUAAGGGAUCGUGCAUAUGUCGAAGUGGUUACGACGGGAAAAAAUGUGAAAAAGUCGUUGUCGUCAAGAUGAGUCUGGAUUCAGUGCUUCCUGGAGAAGACGCAGAAGCUGAGCCAAACUUUCAAGUAGCAUUAAAGCUAUGUAAAGCGCUUUGUGUACAUGGAACGUGUACUGUAGGCGCCGGACCUGUGUGCAAAUGCCACCGAGGAUACUAUGGAACAAUGUGCGAAUCCUCUCAAUAUGGCAGACGAAGGAAGCAGAAAUCUAGCAUGGUUGCCGACAAUGUGGAAUCCGGAAUCAAGUAUAGCAAUAAUUUGUUGAGACCUGUUGCGGCUUAUCCGAAUAAAAUAAUGACAAGGAUUCCUGUUGCGACACCCCGAAUAUCUGGUUCUUCCACAAGUUCAAAAUAUGGAAAAUGCUAUAAAAAGUACAGAGGAGAUUUAUGUGGACUUUCAUAUAACAAAAUGAUGACUGCAGAAAGUUGUUGUCGAUCAGGACUCGGCGAUGGGUGGGGAUCAGAAUGUCUUCCGUGCAGAAAAGUUACCAUCACACGAGCAGGAAGAAUAUCAUCAAGUUCCAGGUUAUCAGCUUUACAUCAUUGUCCCAAAGGAUUCAAGAGCGUAAAUGGAGUAUGCAAAGAUGUGAACGAGUGCCUAACGAAACGGAAUUUGUGUGAAAACGGAGUAUGCAUCAAUUCCAGGGGCUCAUUCUGGUGUCGAUGUCACAGAGGAUUUCAUCAACACACCUCUCGAUCUAUGUGUCUUCCUGACAGAGUUUCUCAGACUCGCGUCACCACCGGAUCGCACGAUUACUGCUAUCUUGCUCUGGAUCGUGAUGGAGGAUGUGGUCGUGUUGAAGCAGCAGUGAAAGGAAACAAGGCAGUCUGUUGCUGCUCUGUGGGCCUGGCAUGGGGCCCAAACUGUGAAAGAUGUCCAAGGCGUGGUUCCGCCGCACAUGCAAAGUUAUGUCCAAACGGAUCCGGCUAUUUCAAGUCAGUAUCAUAUAUCAGAACUCCUAAGAGGCCAGUGAAAGUACCGGGCACAAGUUCAUAUUCUCCUAAACCAAGUCUUCGACCAGCAACAUAUUUUAACAGGCGUGGAUCUAGGAAAGGCAUAUACUCACGUACUAACCCUGAAACGGGCUCGAGACGGGGUAAUUAUGUUUACAAACCUGCCGGUAGAAUGAAAACUAAGUCAACUACAACAGCUAGAACCAGCACAACCACGCCCCGGAUUUUCACCACACAGGACACUACUACAAGCACAAGACAAAUCAUUUCGAGUUCGCCAACGCUUGUUUCAAGGGCGAAUACACACAGACUUACCACUUCUGAACCGAAUUUGACAAUUUCGACAAAACCAAUACUUAUGACUACCACUACUGAGCCUACCACUACUACCAUUAGAACUACUACUAAACCUACCACUACGACAACAGUCACAACCAAACCGACGACUACAACCACUGUUAAAACUACCACUGUUAAACCUACCACUACGACAACAACCACCACCAAACCUACCACUACGACAACAACUACUAAUAAACCUACCACUAUGACAACAACCACUACUAAACCUACCACUACGACAGCAAUCACUACUAAACCUACUACUAUAACAACUACGAAACCUACCACAACGACAACAACCACUACCAAACCUACCACUACAACAACAACCACUACCAAACCUACCACUACGACAACAACCACUACUAAACCUACCACUACGACAACAACCACUACCAAACCUACCACUAUCACUGUUGCCGCUCCCACUUCUACUGCUCCCACUUCCAAGACUGCCAUAGGUACUAUUUCGUCCACUACCAGCACUUCCAUAUCUGCAACUGCUACAUCGCCGAAGCGCCGAGUAGUAAUCCCCAAUUUACAAUCACCGAAUAUUGAACUUCCGGCAAGAAAGCCAGAUCCGAAAACUUAUUUGGUCACCAGCUCAAGCACAACAUCCAGUACCUCACGGCAAUCAGUCACAACGCUACCACCAGCUGAAUCUCCGACUCAUGCAAUUGCUACGGAAGCGGCAACGUGGCCACAAAUAAUGGACACCGAAACAUCAGAAUCGCUUGACAUGGACAGUGAAUACUACGAAGAUUUUGAAAUAUUAGAAAAUGAUCUGGAUGAUAUAAUUUUAGAAGAAAAUACGUACAUGGACGACAUUGACGGUGAGCUUGACAUCGACUUGAGCCCUGAAAACGUGACUUUCAGUUCAACUACAAUUCAAACGACCACCAAGAGCGUUCAAAUAUUGAAUACCGAUGACGAAAGUGAAAACACGCAAGAACCAGAUAUUCCAUCUGUAAUAAACCGCAAUUAUAAUGAACAGAUUUCCUCAAAGGCACAAACAAAAAGUACCAGAACACCCAUCGCCGAUGCCUGUUUUUCAAAUCCAUGCGAAAAUAACGGAGAGUGUAUGCCAGGAGAAGAUUAUCUGUCAUUUAAAUGCAAAUGCUCUGAAGGAUAUUUUGGAAGUACUUGCGAAACAAAGGAUUAUUGCGUGCCUAACAGAUGCAAAAACGGAGCAAAAUGUGAAACAGGAAUGGGCUUCUAUUAUUGUGACUGUCCGAAUGGAUACAGGGGAAGAGAUUGCGAAGAACGUAUAUCUAAAUGUGAAUCGAGCCCGUGCAUCCACGGAACUUGUGAAGAUUUUGAUGAUCGGUACAUAUGUAGGUGCACAGAUGGAUAUGAAGGAACCAAUUGUGAUGGAGAUGUUGAUGAGUGUUCCGGAAAUAUAUGCGGCAAAGCAUCUCGCUGUAUGAAUUCAAUUGGAUCAUUUGAAUGUGUAUGCGAAAACGGAUUCAUACUUUCUGACGAUGCCAGAUCUUGCCAAGACAUUGACGAAUGUUCCAAUUCAACAAUUUGCGGUGGACACGGAAAAUGCAUUAACACGGAAGGAUCAUAUCAAUGCGAAUGUUACAUGGGCUAUGUACUAAAGAACGGCUUUUGUGAAGAUCUUAUAGAGUGCGACAUCACCGAUUGUGGGGAAACUGCAACCUGCAGAAAUUUUCCUGGAGGUUACGAAUGUGUUUGUCCAAAUUUCGAGGAAAGCUAUGACGUUCAAACAAAAACAUGUUUAUCACCUUUCACGGAGCCUCCGGAACCAGAAGAAAUUAGGAAACCAUGCUAUUCAACUCCGAGAUUUUGCGUCAACAAACUUUCCGAAAAUGUUACACAGUCGGAGUGUUGCUGCACAAUUGGCCGAAGCUGGGGAGACUGUGAUUCUAAAGAAAUGUGUCCUAUUGUAAUUUCAAAAUCAUUUAAAGAAAUUUGCCCAGUCGGCCGAGGAUUAACUUCUGAUGAAAACAAGUUCAACGUCCAAGAUUUAAACGAAUGUGAAUUAUUUGGUAGCAGAAAGAUUUGCGGGAACGGAACUUGUACCAAUUCAUUUGGAGUUAUAAGUGCGUAUGCCACAAAGGAUUCUAUUACAAUCCAAGAAUACAAGCAUGUGAUGAUAUAAAUGAAUGUAGAAUGAGACCGAGAAAUAAAUGCAUAGGUGGGUUUUGCUUGAACAGACCAGGAUCAUUUGAAUGUAAAUGUCCAGGUGGCACUGCUCCAAGAACUAGUCGUUAUGGUACUACUUGUGUAGGCACACAGUCUCGGAGAAGACUGCCUGGUUUCCAUCGAUACAGACAGAGAAGUCAGAACCAAGAAUCAAAAGGGACAGGAGAAGUAGAUUUUUGUUUCAGUCGAAUGUUAAGCAACUCAAUGUGUUCUGCACAACUUCCAUCAAAGCAUACAUACAGGCAAUGCUGCUGCACAUUAGGAAUGGCGUGGGGAUCAUCGUGUUCAAGAUGCCCUGAAAGAACUUCUGAUGAUUACAGAUUUUUAUGUCAAGAUGUUAGGCCGCGAAUGCGCCCACCUCCUCGAAGAAUAUCGGCAGCAAAAGAGAAAACGGUCGAGGUCAAUGAAGUCGGUGGAUUUCACGAACAGGAAUGUGGAAUACCUGGCGGAUGUAAGAAUGGAAAAUGUUUAAGAACUGAAGAUGGAUAUACUUGUGAUUGCGAUGAUGGAUUCAUACUUGAUCCAGACUUGAUGGUUUGUUCGGAUGUUGAUGAGUGCAAAGAUUUUCGACACAUCUGUUUAAAUGGAAUUUGUAUUAAUCAACCUGGUUCCUUCAAGUGUGUUUGUCGGCCUGGUUUCGAAGCAUCAAACGAUGACUCCACAAUCUGCAAAGAGGUCGAGCCCACUUCAUUUCUAACGGAUUUAAUUGAUCCACUGGACAAAAUUCAAUUGCCCGCAACAUAAAGGUUCUUGCUAUAUCCUAGGUAAAGAAUAUAUUUGGACGAGCGAGGGCUUUUAAUGGGACGUACCUCAUCGACGCAUGAAUGGCCUAUACCCGUCUGUGCAUAAACAAAAUUCUUCUUUAACUUGGAUAAUAUAAGAUGCUUAUGUUUAAAUCGCGUUUAUUAAAGACUGACUAACAGCAUUCGUUACGUUUGACUGCUGUUUAUCCAAACGGAUCAUGUGCUUGAACUCUGAUGAAACAGUUCUUUUCUCCUUAUCAGUUCAGUAUUGUCGAUGUUAUUUUUUAUGCGCAAAAGACGAUUCUAAAGUCAUCUUACAGUUAUUGUGCUCUUGGUCAAACAGUUGUAAAUGCAUGUAUGCAACAUCUGCUUUUUAAAAGAUUAGACGUUAUAUGGUAAAUAUUUUAUAAAAUAGAAAGGAGGUCCGGAAGAAGAUACCGUAUAUCGAAAAAUCAUUCUGAACAAUUGGAUAAUUUUUCAGUGUAAAUUUCAAUAAAAACUCGGACUGUUUAAAAUUUCUUAGCUAAUUGGGAUGAAAACAACCCAACUUUUUAUAGAUUUUUUUUCUGUUUAUAUGACACUAGUUUUGGUGAUUUGGUUCAUAAUUGCUUCAGCCACACAAUUUAUAAAUACCGCUUCAUUUUCAAUUUUCAUAAGCAGACCAGACUGCACAGGUAACUUGCAACUGGCGUAUUUUUGUACAUACCAGCACAGCCACAUACUAUAACAACAAAACCCCAUUUAUAAAUAAUCGUAACAAUUUAUUUCUGCAUAUUUUGCCAUUGUUGUAUUGCGUGUAACGGAGUGAAUUCGACAUAUUUCAAAGGUGUCCUCCUCUCCUGUUCUGAUGUCUGCUUAAAAAUUGUAGAUUAUCUUUUUUUCAUUUUUGUCGUUAAUAUCACUUUCGCAGUAUUGAGCUUUUGUGACAAAUAAAGUUCCUUUGU